AUGUCCUUGUGUUUAAAAGUUUUAAGGGGGGAAAAGAUGAGUAGCCGAUCGAGUCGCACUAUCUACGUCGGCAAUCUGCCUGGGGAUAUUCGUAUGAGAGAAAUUGAGGAUUUGUUCAUGAAGUACGGGCCCAUCGUCGACAUUGAUCUCAAAGUCCCGCCGAGACCACCGGGUUAUGCUUUUAUUGAGUUUGAAGAUGCUCGAGAUGCUGAUGAUGCAAUUUAUGGCCGGGAUGGGUACAACUUUGAUGGGUAUCGUUUACGGGUUGAACUAGCGCAUGGUGGACGAGGACACUCAUCAUCAAUGGAUCGAUACAGCAGUUACAGUCAUAGUAGCAGUAGCCGUGGAGCUUCCCGGCGCUCUGACUAUCGUGUACUGGUAACUGGAUUGCCUCCUUCUGCUUCAUGGCAGGAUCUGAAGGACCACAUGCGUCGAGCUGGAGAUGUCUGUUUCUCCCAAGUGUUCCGUGAUCGGGGUGGCAUGACGGGAAUCAUAGACUACACAAACUAUGACGAUAUGAGAUAUGCUAUCCGGAAACUUGAUGACUCUGAAUUCAAAAAUGCUUUUUCUCGGGCUUACAUACGGGUGAAGGAAUAUGAUUCUAGACGUAGCUAUUCCAGAAGCCCUAGUUAUGACAUGAGACGGAGCUACUCUAGAAGCCCCAGUCGUAGUCCAUAUAUGUCGAGAAGUCAAAGCCGCAGUCGCAGCUAUAGCUAUGGUGGCCGAAUCAGAAGCAUAUCACCGGAGGCAAAAUAUUUGCACCGCUCUCCAUCAGCAUCUUAUCCAAGGUCUGUCUCACGUUCCCGUGCAAGAUCUCGGACAAGAUCUAGGUCUCCAGUUUCUUCUGUAAGCUCGUCCCAGGACUCUGAGCAGAUCCAAGUCAAGAUCCAGAAGCUUAUCCCGGUCAUUUUCACCUUCUGCAAGGUGAGAUCUAAACGAAGCCACGCCGUUGACCCCAGAGAUAGUGCUAUUAAGAGGAAUGGCUCUAGACAUAUUGGUGCUGGAGGUGGUGUUAGAAGUUCCUCUGGAGAUUGGAUCGGUGGUUUUGCUGUGAACUUGGGGAAGGGGCAAAUUCUUGAGGCAGAAAUAUGGGGAUUAUUUUUUGGGUUGAAGCUUGCUGUGGACAAAGAGAUUAAUAACCUUGUUGAAAUGGAUUCAGCACUUGCUGUCCAAUUGAUCCAGAAGCAGGGCCUUACUGAUGUUCAUCCUCUUGCAGCCUUAGUUGCUAGUUGCUGGGAGUUGAUGCAUAAGAUCAACUGCUGCAGUGUUUAUCAUGUUUACAGAGAGAAAAACAGUGUUGCUGAUUGUUUGGCGCCCUGGAGCUAUAACUUAGACUUGCGUCUUUAUAUCUUUGUUGAUGCUCCAGCUUGGGUUGAGCCUAGUUUGAUUGAUGAUUUGCUAGGAAUUACUAGAUCUAGGCUAGUUCCUACUGAUUUGCUGGUGUAG